AUGCCUUCGUGCGCGGGCUUGGAGGUGCUUGAGACGGUCAUUGAUCGCGAUGGUGAUGUUCUUGUGGUGGAGGAUAUUUUGGAGGGCUUUGGCAGGGUACCCGUGUCGGUGGCGUUCUCGCCCACGACAACUCACAUGUUCAUCGGAUUCAAAGCCGGAGGAGUCAGGAUAUACCCCGAGGGAGGAGACACCCUGGUGGCAGCCAUCUACGACGACUGCGUGGACAUGGAGGACGAGGUGUACGAGAACAACGAUCUGGGCCUGCUGAACUUCCAGCUGCACCCGGACUGGCCCGCCAGCCCCUACGGGUACAUGCUCUACACGCACGACCCCGGGUACGAGGACGACUGCCUCGUGGAGCCCUUUUGGUGCGAAAAGGACCACCGUCUUGUGCGAGUGGAGGUAAAUCUGAACGAGGCUACCCAAGGCGUUACGUGCGGCGCCCAAGAGAUCCUCAUCAACGAUUGGUGCACGGGUUCGAACCACCACGGGGGAGGCGGUAUGUCCUUCUUGAGCAACGGCGACAUGGUGCUGACAGUGGGGGAUAUGUCCAAGGCGGACCAGCGUGAUCCGGGCGACCAGGAAGAGAACACGUGCUUGAGGGACGACAGGGGCCUCCCGCAGGGGAACUUCCGCGCUCAGUUCGACGACUUCAACGAGGGGAAGCUGCUGCGAAUAUCGUCUGACGCCCUCGUUGCGGAGGCGACCGGGGAUGCAUCCACGACUGGAUUCCUCGUGCGCGACACAGACUUUUGGCUUGAGGCCAAGGGUUUCCGUAACCCCUUCCGGCUGGCCGUUUCUCCUGUGUCCGGUGAUGUCAUCAUCGCGGACGUCGGGCUUGACACGGCGGAGAGCAUCAAGGUCGUGCCCAACCCCCUCGAGGCCGCGGAAACGGUCAGCAUGCCCAACUACGGUUGGCCUUGCAUCGAGGGGGACGCCUGGAUACCGCCCUAUGCAGCGGAGUGGCUGGCGGACAACGAGAGCGACGCCUGCGAUGAUGUCCGUGACACCACCCUCGGUCUUCCUCUCGACAUCGACUACGACGCCUUGAAGACCAAGGCGUUGGCUGGACAAGUGGAUUGGGUGCCGCCGGCCUACGUCUACCUCGACGGCACGAUUGAUGAGGAGUACCCGGACUUCUGCGCCAACACCCAGUCGUCGGUGUCGGCGCUGCACGUCUACGAAGGCGGUCACCUCCCAGAGCGCUACCACAACAGGCUGUUUGUCGGUGAUUACUCCAAGGACUGUGCGUUCUACUUCGAUAUCGAUGAGACGACCGGUGUGGUGGACUGGACCACGCCUCACGUCCUCUUCGAGAGCCGUGCCAUCGUCGACUUCGCCACCGACCCCAAGACAGGCAUCAUGUACGCGAUUGACGCCAAGUUUUCCAUCCUCAUCAGGAUCAUGGCCAUCGACGGACCCUUGACAUCGGGAGGACCGACCAUCGUACUCGAGGCCGAUGCCCUCGAAGGCCCGGUGCCCCUUGAUGUGACGAUGGAUGCCUCGGGCUCCUCGGACGCGGAGGGGAUUGUUCUGUUGGAGUGGGACUGCGAAGGCGACGGGGUGUAUGAGGCGGAGAGCGACUGGACCGUGGCAAGCGCCAGAAACCACACGUGCACCUACACGGUCGACGGCACCUACGAGCCUUCGGUCCGAGCUACUAAUGGCUUGGACGAGACUGCCGUGAAGUCUUUUGAGGUCCUGGCAGGCGAAGUGGCGGCCCCGGCACCUACCCCAGCGCCAUCGGCGGCCGCCACGGUAGCCGCCGCCAUCACCACCGCACCCGUGGCCCCUCCCGUCGGAGACGCUCUCGAGUCGCCGGUGGAGCUGGAGUGGGAGUUGAACGACGCUACGGGCGUGUUUACGGGGGAGAUCGAGAUGGGGGCGGUGACGAUGGACAACUUCUGGGGGGUGACGACCACGCGCGCCUUCAACGGCCAGAUCCCAGGCCCCACGAUUCGCAUGGAGGCCUGCCAGACAUACGAGCUUACGUACACCAACAACCUCGGGCCCCUCAACCCCGGCGGCGAGUGGAACACGAUGAAAGACCCCAACACUACCAACCUCCACACGCACGGCCUGCACAUCUCCGGAGAAAGCCCCGCCGAUGACGUCCUGUACGUGGAGAUCACCCCGGGAGAGAGCCACACAUUCGUGUACACCAUCCCGUGCGACCACGCUGGCGGGACUUUCUGGUACCACCCCCACCACCACGGCUCAACCUCUCUGCAGAUGGGCGGUGGCGCCAUGGGGACAUUGGUGGUCGAGGACAGGGUUGACGUGCACGGCAUCCCCGACCAGAUCGCCAACAUGCCAGAGCUCGUGGUGGUGAUCCAGGAGAUGAACCCGGAGCUGAGCACUGCGGACAGCGAUGCUAGCGGCGAUGAGCUCUACUCGACCACGGCUGCUCAAACCCACUUCCUCGUCAACGGACAAGUGAUGCCGACGAUCCAGAUGACCACGGGCGAGUGGGUGCGAUUGCGAAUGGCCUUCGCGGGACACGGCGACAACCACGCCAUCUCGAUCGAAGCCCCGGAAGACUCGUGCGAGAUGGCAGUCCUGGCUAAGGACGGGGUGUACCUGGGAGAGGUGCCGCGGAUGGAGCCCAAGCUGUUCUUUACGCCGUCCUCUAGGGUUGACACUGCCGUCCGGUGCUCGGUGGCCGGGGACUUCGAGUUUAGGAUCGAGUCGACGCGCAGCAUCAAUUCGACCACGCCUCUAGCGGCCUUGUAUGUGGAGGGAGGUUCAUCCUCUCCGGAUGAUGACUUGGACACCUGGACGCCAUGCAGGCCCUACUACCUCCAAGACUUGGUCAACGCAACCUUGGAUGGCGAGACACUGGGCCUCUUGGUUCGAGAGACGAUCGGAGACGAGUACUACAGCGGGCCCGAAAACUUCGUGGUGAACAUGACCGUUGACGAGAUUCAGGAAUGGCUGUUGGAGGGGUCGGAACAACACCCCUUCCACAUGCACGUGAACCACAUGCAGUUCGCCACUGUGGACGGACCGGCGCUGGUACCGGGCUGGAACCACGUCGGUGACUGGGUGGACACCGUUUCGACGACUCUGGCGGUCGUCCGGUUCCGCACGGAGCGCUACGGUGGCCACGUGGCCAUGCACUGCCACGUCAACUCCCACAGCGACACUGGAGUGAUGGCCGUCGCUGAUAUCGACGGGGGCGAGGGUCCCAACGAAGACCCGAUCGCGCUUGCCGCUGGAACUUGUGGUAUCGAGGGGGUUGCCGGAUACGGUUACAACCUGAGUGCCGACGAAGGUACCGACGAUACCACCGCCGAGGAGAGGGCCACUGUCGGCGGCGGCAGCGGAGGCGACGGCUCGGUGGACCCCGAGGACACGUGGUGGGUGGCGGCCGCCGCUGGUGCCGGGGUAGGGAUCGUUAUCCUUCUGUGCGGCGGGUUGUUGAUGAGCAAGUUCGGCAAGAGGAACGCGGUCGCCGGGGCGCGGGCAGCAGCACCGGCUAAGGGUAGCGGUGGGGCUGCGGACGAGACUAAGGCCGAGCCGAUGUAAAGGGAGGCGGGCCUAAGACACACAUAUACGCCUUCGUUGUCGCUCUCGUGUUUCGGUCGCUAUCACUCCGGUCACGUCACGUCACUCGCUUAUUUCUCUCUGGUGGUGAAGCGUGUGAGCUACGAAAUGCCCACGCCUCCCCUCCAUGUCGCGAACGCUUUUUCGAGAACGGUAGUUCGGAAUGCGUUAUUAUAGUUAGCGGCGUACGGGGAGACCGGGUCUUUCUCUCUUGGUUCUCUCUUUGGAGUCGACUGACGUUUUUAAUACUGCUGUAGCGUACUUGCGCCGCCCAUUGCUCUAGGUUGUGGCGUGUACUUGUGCUGGUGUUGUGGUGUUUUGUAGUUGAAGGAGAGGGGGGAGGGUAAGGAAGGGCGCGGUAACAAAGGUAAUACAGCUGCCGCCGCCCCCGCCCGCCAUGGAUGGUGGAGUGGAAGAAAGCCGGGGCAUCAUGAAGCUUUGACGAACACUGAUGCUCUCGUGCGAUGGUAGUUGCCGAAGUACCGUUGGGGCGCACGGAUGGCGGCCGAAGUACCGCACUUUCUUGCCCUUUGCACCCAGAGAAGGGGCGGUACUGCCAUGGUAUUAUAUGGGUUAGGUUAGGGUCUGCUGUUCUCUCGUCCACGAUUUAGACACUGGGCACAGGAGGUCAGGAAGAGGAUCCGAGAUCUCAAGGAAGGACGUUUCGCAGGUGUUGCUUUGGGGGUAGGAGGAAACAUGCGCACGCUGCAAGCAGCAGCAACACCAACGCUCCUAUCCUCGGCUCUCUGCGAUGCUAUGUGCAUACGCUGUGGUGCGGUCGACGCGUGCGAAACCGUUUCCCUCUCCUUGCUUUUCAUUGGUUGGUAGUUGGUCUGGUUCUGAUUGGCCCACCCAUGCCCCUCUGAGAAUUUUGUAGCAAUAUGGUGUAGGGAUGGACGGUUCUCGUUAUUUUUGUCCUUGUCUUGCUGGAUUUUUCAUGACAAGUUUUUAGUUCCUUUUUCGUUCAUGUCUUUAAUUGGACCGUAUGCUGGCUUAGCUUAGCACGUGGCGGCGUAACUUCGAUUCUGUACUUCGGAUUGGCAGGGAACAUGAGUUGCAGGAUAAGAUCAUCAGGGCGGACUUGAACGUCGGGGUAAAGAUGCGCCUAUUGGGACAGGAUCGUGUGAGGGGUGGUUUGGUUGUCUGUGUUGCGUGCCUGGAGUCGGAGCGGGAAGGUCUCUCUAGCUCCGUUCGCUUUGGCGACGCCGCAAUGCGCGAAAAACAAGCCGUUACAUGUAGGUUCGUUUUGACGUGAUUGUUAAUCGUUAUCUCAUGCAACGGGAGGGGAUGUAGGAUGAACGAACAGAAAGUUCUCAAUUUUGCGGCGGAAUUUGUUUUUGGCUUGGCUUGGUUCUCAAGUCGAGGGGGUGUUUACUUGUUACCGCAGUUAUUUGGUUCGUUUCGACUGAUGGAUCAAGGUGUACUGUGGCCUGUUGAAUGAUUUGGUGCUGAGCCAACGGGGGAUUCUCGACGAGGGAGAGUACAAUAUGCUGUCGAAUGUGAUGGUUGGUAUGUUUGUACAAGAAAUUUUGCCGAAAAGAAAACUGGCAUAGUUGGGUAUUUUUUGUUUUGGCAAGUUGACAGAUCGAUUGGCGUUCGUAUCUGUGUUUACCUCAGCUGCAAUAUUUUGCGGUUGAGGAUGUUGAUUUUGUUUGCUCGAGCCUACUCUCUCUCUCUCUCUCUCUCUCUUUCUCUUGUUAUUGAGUGAGUGUUUCACGGCACUUGCAUCCCGAACGUGAAAGCAACGCUCGUGUUUGUAUGCUCUCUCUCGCUCGAGGAUUAGUCUGGUGUAGCGAGGUUCCGAAUCCCGUACUGCUAGAUUGCGCUUUGUUUUAGAUAUUCUGCCUAGAUCAUGUGCUCUUGGGCGAUAGGUGCGGAGUCGUCCAGUCAUGGGCGGUGUCGGAAGAUUCUUGUAAGUUUUUCUCUGCUUGGUUGAUGUUUCGCUCUGCUUUCGUCUCCUUCUCUGUCUCUCUCUUCACUGUUUCCUCGUUUUGUGUGUGUAUUGGUUCGUGUUGGAUGUUCGAUUUGCGUGGGUGUUGGUGUCAUCAUGGUUGGUUAUGGUGUCUGUUGACUUCGUAACGCGCCGCGUUUGUUUCAAAAAGGUGCACAAUUC